CAUGGGAUGUUCUCCUUCCUGAUCCUAUAUUUGUGCCAAGGAAACCUUGGCAAAACCCUGCUUCCUCCUUCUCCUCCCCCCCCCCCCGAGGCCAGGCUCCUCAGCUUGUUGGCCAAGGCCAAGGCGUGUUUGGCUUUGGGAGAGGAGUCCAGUCCGGGUUUUGAGCUGCCUGCCUGUGCGGGGAAGGAGCAGCGAGCAAGGCGCCAGGGAAAGCUGGCCCAAGCCCUUGCCUGGGCUCCCUCCUUCCGCCCAGCAGCGCCCUCGAGGAGGCAGCCAAGUGGGGAGGCUGCCCCUUGGCCGGCCUUCCUCCUCUCCUCCUCCUCAGCCCCUCAGCCUCGCCUUGAGCUCCUCCUCACUCAGCCUCCUUCCCUUCCCUUCCCUUCCCUUCUCCCCAGCAUCCCUUUCCCUUCUGCUGGGGCGCGGCCAUGCAAGGCAGGCGCCUGGCCAAGCGCUCCAGCCUGGGCAGCAGCCGGCGCUUGAGCCACUCAGCCGGGCAGCAGCAGCAGCAGCAGCAGCAGCAGCAGGCGGCGCCUUCUUGCUUGGAAGCCGGAGGCCGGCCCUUGGCCAAGGCGGACCACUCCUGGAGGCCUCCUCGGCGGGAAGGCUCAGCGGCAGCCUUGGAGGAGGAGGAGGAGGAAGAGGAGGAGGAGGAAGAAGAAGAAGAGGAGGAGGAGGAAGAGGAGGAGGAGGGCCAGGCAGGAGGCAGAGGAGGAAGGGGCGGCAGGAGCCCACCCCCCGCCUGGCAGCGCAAGGGAGCCCAGGCCAGCCUCAAGGCAACCAGCAUAAAGCGUGAAAUGACCUUCACAGCAUUUCAUCAGGAGGACCUGAAAAGUGAUCUGAAUCAAAAGCUGUCAGACCAACAUUUUUUUCUUUUGGCUAUGAAGGAAGAGGAUUCAAAAACAGCAGACACCAAAAAACCCAGCAGAAUCCAUGAGCAUGAAAAAGAAACCACUCGUUCAGUCUGUCUUCUUGAACAGAAGCGAAAAGUUGUAUCUUCAAACAUUGAUGUGCCUCCUGCAAGAAAAUCUUCAGAAGAACUGGACAUGGAUAAAGUCACGGCAGCUAUGGUACUAACCAGCUUAUCCACCAGCCCUUUGGUUCGCAGCCCUCCUGUCCGACCCAAUGAAUCCCUAAAUGGAUCUUGGAAAGAAGGAGGAUUUGUGCCUUCUAGUACCGGCAGCAGUGGGUACUGGAGCUGGAGUGCUCCAAGUGACCAGUCAAAUCCAUCCACCCCAUCACCACCUCUUUCUGCUGACAGCUUCAAACCUUUCCGCUUGCUCUCUCAAACAGAUGAUGGUAUUGAUGAGGCUGAAACCAGCAGCCUCCUCUUUGAUGAGCCCAUUCCUAGAAAAAGAAAGAAUUCCAUGAAAGUUAUGUUCAAAUGCCUUUGGAAAAACUGUGGAAAGGUACUGAGUACAGCUGUUGGUAUUCAAAAACAUAUCCGGACCAUUCAUCUUGGGCGUGUUGGCGAAUCUGACUACAGUGAUGGAGAGGAAGAUUUUUACUACACAGAAAUUCGUCUCAACACUGAUUCAGUAGCAGAUGGAUUAAGUGGUUUAUCUCCAGUCUCUCCAUCUCUAGCAUCUCCUCUUUCCUUUCCUUCCCAAGAUAUGAGCAAAAAUGAGCUGUCAUGUGCCAAAACAGAUGCUAAAGGAAUAACACCUCUAAGCCGCUCAGCUCCUACCAACCUCUACCUCAUUCACUCUGACCAUGCUUAUCAGGCCACCGCUCCUGUGAAUAUUCCAGGGUCAACCAAGUUCACACCUAAUGGAAAUAGCUUUAGCAUCUCGUGGCAGUCACCCCCUGUUACCUUCACUGGUGUUCCAGUUUCACCAACUCACACACGUCCUGCAGGAAGCGGAGAGCAAAAUCAACAGAUUCAGACAGUUCUGUCAUCACCACCUAGAGUAUCAGUUAGCCUAAGAAAACCUAGAGGAGAGGGAAAGAAAUGUCGCAAAGUUUAUGGGAUGGAGAACAGAGAUAUGUGGUGCACAGCCUGUCGUUGGAAGAAGGCAUGCCAGAGGUUCAUUGACUGAAGCACAUUUAUAAUAUGGAAUGAUGUAUAGCACAAUUUUCUUGCUGCCGCUGCGCUGUGUGAUGUUUUCUUCAUCCUUGAGUGCUUGUUCCUACAGAAGGCUUGCACUUUAAAGCAAAUGGGUUGUAAACAAGGAGGAGGACUUCUCAGAAGGUUAUGUGCAGCAAUAUAGGAAAAACUAACAACAACAAAAUAUUUUCGAAGUUUGAAUCAGGAGCAGCUAUAUGUACUUUAAAAGAAGGGGGAAUCCCCUUUUUAAUGAUCUAGGACAACUCGCCUGCCAGGACCACAUGUUUUUCACACUGCAUCAUGGUCCAUGUUGUGAACUUUGGAAUCAGAAUAAGCAAAAAUCCUUUUCCUGAAAUGAUUUUUUUAAAAUGUAGUGUAGAAAGGAGAGUUUCUACACUGUUCUUUACAAAUGCAUAAGAUACAUUUUUCUGAAGAGCAGCUCUCACAGAAGACUGAGUGUGAGCAGUCUUAAUGCAGAGUCCAAUGCUUGCACUUUGGGAAUAUGAGAAGUCAGCUUUGCUGGAAGGACAAGCAGCACUAGAAGAGGAUUUUAAGAGUAUUCUCAUGCUUAGAUCUCAAGCCUAAAUCCCACUUUUGUUUCUAUCCUAAAUGAAGAUAAAUGGGAGGAAAUCACCAGCAAAGCUAUACUAAAAGUUACAACAAUGUGUGGGACAUUAUUCUGAAUUUAAAUGAAAUUGGACUGGUGUUAGCAUAGGAAGAUCAUUGGAAUUUAAGGAUAUCUUCCUAGAAGUGAUUCAUAUGUCUCACAGUGCUAAAGGAUGAGCAAGGACAGCAACAUGGAAUUUGUAAGCAUUUAUUCAGGGAUGUGAUCCAACCCAGAAGCUUCUUUCCCUGCUUUGUGUACAUUACCAGAAGAACUGUUCAGUUUAAAAGGCAAAGUGUUAUUUCUGGGCAGCAUAAUGUUGUGUGUUGGGGGGGAGGCUACACAGAGAAAAUAUCUCCCCACUCCAGCUUUACAACAAGUAAUGUAUGAGUGCAACAAGGUGGGGGUAUGGAUGUAAAAAGCCCAUUGAUUAUGAAGUUAUUUCUAGGUCAGAAAUAAAAGCCUUCAUACUGGCUUGUACUUUGAUAGGUUUUCAUGCUUUAGUGUAAUUUAGUACCAGGUGGAGGGAUGAGAAGUCAUGGAUUAUUUCAGAGUGAUAAAAUGUUGAGCUAAUGCUUGAAAAUCAGUGGAAAUUUUCAGCACAGGUGUACUGAAAGAUUGUCUGCAUAGGCUCUACUAAAAUAAAUAGGAUUAACACAGAAGCACUACCACAUAUGAAUAUCAGUGUGGCUUGUGCUCAAGAGAAUCCUGAUGGAUUUUGUAAUAUUAACUCCAGUGGGAUAAGACUGGUAUCCCAAGUUGGGAAAAUAAGAGCAGGAAUGGGAGCCCUUGUAGUCUUUAGUAUACAGUGAGAAGUCAUAGUCCAAAUUUACUUUUUGACUUAAAAGGACCAAUGAUGGAUGGAGUGAUCAUAAAUCUCUUAUUUGACUGGCUACUUAUGGGCAAGAAGAGGUGGGGGAAAGCACAAAAUUUGGUUGGAACACAGCAUCUGUAGUGACGGCUCAUCCAUGCUUGAAUAGUAGUCCCAAGCUAUAAAAUUAGCUUUAAUGACAGAGAAUGUCUUUCAUUGCAUUUCUGAAUAGGAAGGAGUUGUAUUGCUUUUCAAAAUAAGUGAGUUUGAAAACUGAUGCAUUGCUUUGGUAUGGUUCCCUUUGAUGUAGGCACUCCUAACAUAUACAGUCUGCUUUCUCUUAAACAUCUCGAAAGAAAACAAUUCUGGAGAGUAAGGAGUUUGUCUCCCUGGAGACUUGGUAGUAAAAUCACAAUAAGCAAGAGCUCAAUCUAGCCUAAGCAUCACAGUUAAGAAAGAAUAAGAUUCAUGAAAAAGCAAAGCUUUAUAUUGUACUGAACUGGAAGUUCUGUUUGGCAAGAGUGCCUCCAAAGGAUAGUGUUUACAUGACCAAGUAGCUAAUUGCUAAUUCAGAACUGUAUACCUAAAAGAAGAGUCACACCUUGUGUUCCAGUUGGAAUGUAUUAGGUUGCAGUGUUCCUUUUCUGUUGCAGUAUCUCCCUGAGUACUGACAACUGUCUGUUGGGAAUUCACACUGUAGGGAUCACACAUACCAUAACCACUAUUUUCAGUUAUUUGAAAAGAACUACAAAAAUUAAUCCUACCUAAAUGUUCAGAGUACAUACAGGAGUAAAUAUUAAUGUGAGUUAAUAAGUUCUGAAUUUUGUAUGGGAAAAGCUGUACCAUGCAUGCUAAAGUUCCUGCCAUUUCUAUUUAAAAGAUUCCAGGUGGUUGGGCUAAGAAUAGCAUCUUUAAGAGGCCUUGGAGCCCUGCUGUCAUUUCGGAAUGACUGCUUGGUACUGAGCUAGAUGGAAUAGUUGUGUUACAAUAAGACAAGUUUGAUAUAGUCAUAAUGACUAUUUUUUUCCUUGUAUGCAGGCCUGGUGGAGCUCACAAAAUCUGUAAAGAAAUGCUUCAAAAUUAUACAUGUUUUUAGGAGGAAUGAAAAUACCUAAAAAUUCUGAGUGUUCUUACAAAGUAAAGUAGUAAUAAUAUCUUCCACCUACAGGAAAAUAUUUCUCAAUAGUCAUGUCAUGUGCAGAGAUGAUUUUGUGCUGUAUCAGACAUUGUUACAUUCACACAGUCCUAUUCUAUUUCUGUGGUAUAUUAUAUCUAUUUUCACAGGAUGAUACCAAGUGUGUUCAGACACCACAACUAUUGAGAAUGAAGCAGCAUGCUGGUGCAUACUACCUAACGGCUUCCACUACAAAUGGAAGCAGCUAAACAAGCCACGGGUCUUGUCUGUCUAUGGUUUGUUUAUUGUGAUAGACCCAUUAUUCUGGAUUUUUUUCUUUUCAAACAAACUGGAGUCAUAAGCAAAAUGAUUCUGACACCUCUGCCAUUUUCAUCAAAGCUGCAAAGUGAUGACUCACGUUAUCCAAGUGAACUGUUAAGGCAACACAAGGUCUGGAAAUAUUAGGAGAAAGGUGGGGAAAUCUCUUGUUAUAUUAAGAGAGCAUUUAUUGGAAAUGUGUAACGAAUCAGAAAUUCGCAACUGCCUUGUAUAUUUGGUUGCAUGUAUUUAAUAGGACUGCAGAUUUAUUUUGGAGACUUAUAAUUAUUGGUAGAUAUAUUCUUACUGCAAUGUUUGUUCUGAUGUUGGUGUUUUUGAAUAUUCAAAGCUGGAGCCUUGAUAAAUUUUGAUCACUGGACUUCAAACUCACAAGAGUUGAAAUUCAGUGUUUGACGUUUGAUCAUGUCGUAUUUUGUAUCAUACAUUUUCAACUAAAUCCUGCACUCAAGAGGGCUAGAAACUUUUUUUUAAAAAGGAAAGCAUUUUAAUCUCAGAACAGUGCCUGCCUGCCAAAUAUUGCCCUUCCUUUCUUUGUGUGAUGUUGUUCAUAAAAAAUAAUGGGCACCAUCAACUGCUUUAUCUAUUUCUCUGCCAAGUUUUUCCACUGUGUUUUAUACUGUGUGAAUGUUCAUGUUGCAAAACUAAGACACCUUUACAGCCCCCUUUGAACUUCUGCUUGCUGUUGUUAAAGACCAAGCUGUUCUAAGGUAGGAUUUGGUUGUUUACCCAUUGACUGAAAUGGCUUUCAGGUGGCUCUCUAGCAUCUGUGAUAUGAAAAGAACAUAAUGAACAAUGGAACUGCUGGAGUUUGCUUUGUUGUACAUAGUAACUGCUUGUUCUAAAAUGCUUACAGCAUAACGGUCUUUUCUUUUUAAAAAAAUGUAGAAUUUCAGUAGGGUUUUGAAACGCAGGAAAAACACAGAAAGUAGGUCAUUAGCCGGAACUGUAACUAAGCCAGUUUGACAGGUAAGAUAAAUACUCAACUAAACCACUGGUGGCUGCAGUGAACAAUUCAUAGGUGAUUUUUUUAUUUGGAAAAAAAAUACUAGACUUUAUAGUAUCUGUUCUGAAAUAAUGGUUACUGAAUAUUCUCCAGCAAACAUUUUCCACAUAGUUUUGGAGAGCUCCAAAAUGCUACCAAAACUCCCCUUCAAGGUUUACCCAAAAAAAUUUCACCCACAUUAACAUGAAUUCUUCUAGGUGUCCACCAAUGCCAUUAUCCGCCAUCUCUUGUUCUGUGGAUUGUAAUCCCAGCCAGUCAUCAUAUGAAUGUGGUAACAGAAAACAGAUCCUAGGUGAGAGCAGGAAACAUUGCCUCUGCAUUAAUUGCCAAAAAUAGGGGCACACUUCCCAACUGGUCAGAAUAUUCCAUGAAAUGUGGCCCUCCUCAGAUUAGACAUAUGUGUAUUUUGAAAUAUCUUUAACUCACAUAUUUCAAUGAUGGGUGCCACUUUCUCCCUUGAGCCUGAAUAUAUUUCAGACUUCUCAGGGCCCUAUUUCUAAUGUUGGAUGGGGCCAAGAAUGGGAAACAAAGGCCCUAUACACACGGGCCCUUUAGCACGUCCUGGCGACGUGUAGGGUUGCCUCGGGGUGCCAUUUCCAGAUGCCCCACAACCCUAGGAUGUCACCAGGACCUCACAGCUGUGUGGCCCCUAUAUACACGGUGUGCACAGCUGUGACGUCACUGCCGUGCAGCUUCCAGAUGGGCAUGUGCAGCAGCGGCGUGCUAAAAGGAGUUGCUUUUUAGUGGUCCUUUUGUUUCCACAUAGCUGCGCCACACAAUUUGGUUGCUGCGGCACGGUUACGUGGAAAAGAGAGGCAGCCACUGGCCACCUCUUUCUGGUUGUCUGUACCCUGCCAAAAUCAGCAUAUUUUAGCUUUAUCCUCCUACAUCUUGUUGGUGUUGUAUAUCUUCAGGUCAUUUCUGACUUAUGGUGACCCCAAGGCAAAACUAUCAUGGGGGUUUCUUGGCAAGGUUUGUUCAGAGAGGGCUUGCCAGUAUUAAUUCUUAGGAGAGGCAUUUUGGUCUUUUAGAAUUAGGGAGACAUUGUAAAACAGCUGAGAACCCCUCCCCAAAAUGAGUGUGUAAUGGAGAUGUUGAUGUGGCCAUCUGGAAAACCUCAGAGAACCCAAUUGGACCAGAAUUGCCACAGGGCCUGAGGUUCCCCAGUCUUGAGCCUUUGAGGAUUACUAACAUAAAACAGUUAUUUUGUUUUCAUAUACAAAUAACAUAUUAACUGUUCUCUCUCCCGUGCCACAUUCAUACGUUUCUUUCUAAUGUGCUAAAACAGGGGUGGUAAAGUGUGGCCUAUGCAAAGCCCCAGUAUAGUCCCAAAAUAUUUUGUGAAAAAUGUUCCAUUCCAUACCAGCAUUUUAGUCCCCAAACAGGCUGUAUUCUAACCAGAAGGUAAACUAGAUGUCAAUUUCUGGUUUACUUCCUGGUUAGAUGAAGUUUUCUCCUGGAUCUAAAGCACCCCGGAGUGCAAAAACGUGCUUCCAGUGCUCCCUAGGGGGCAUGGCAGACCAUUUUAGCCAAAAUUGUUGCUGUCCUUUUUCCAUAAAUAAGUUAAAAUAAAGGUGGUGGUGGGAACCACAGUACUGAGAUGGUGGCCUCUGUGGGGGGAUACUGUACCCUCCCCAAACUGUGGCACUCUUGCAUUACAACAAGCAUGCAUCAAUUUGACCAGAUCACUUUCAGGUGUCUGAAUAUCUUAUUAUGUCAGGAUGAACUAUGUAAACUAAAGACUAAAGAACUGCUUUUUUCUUAAGUUACAUGGGAGUGCUUUCAGACAACAGGCAUCCUAUGAAAACUGGCUCCAGAAUCAUGCAUUGGCCUGCUUCUUGGGGUUGCUGGUUUUCAUAGGUAUAACAAUAGAUGGUGUAAUGGGCUUACAGUCACCCAGUAGACCAUUUGGCUCUCCUUGCCAUCCUUGGAACCCCCCCCCCACACACACACACACAUUUAAAAUGGUAUAGACUUUUGAAACUCCUUCCUGCAUAUCAAAAGAAGCUUGGUGUGUGGCAUUGGAAAGUUGUUUGGGAAAAACAAAGCUAAAUCUUCUUUCGUUUCUGAUAUGUAGUUUUAUCAUUCUUUAAAUUUUUGACACUUGAGUCCAGAAUAAAGUGAAACAUAGGGUUCCAGGUCAUUUGAUCCCUACUUUGCUAUCUCCUAAUAGGGAGAAGAUGAAGAAAUUUAGCCGUAUGCUUAAUUGUUUAUGGACAGAAAGAAUAAAAGACAAAUUGUAUUUAGGGGUCAUCCCAAGCCCUUAGAUUUCCAGGCAACACCUGAGAUCUAUGGAUGGUACCUGGUGAGGUCAUUGAGCAUUAUGCGUUAAGUCCCAAGCACAGAGACUCAUAAUUUGUCAUUCAAUGCCUCUGCCACACACAGAAAACAUAUUUUUCUGCUUGGAAAUUAAGACAGAAAUCUUAGCUAAAGGAUUCAUUUCCAGAUCCAGGUGAAAUGUAGGGGUUAAUUCUUCUCAUUCACUUAGGAAGGCAAGAUAAGGCACAUUUAAUCUAGCCUUUUUUUUUCUAGCCAGAAAUAGACAGAAUAAAGUGGAGGGUGAGCCCUGGCACUACAAUGAUUGGGACAGAAGGAGGAAGCUAACCAAAGAAAUACAUAGACCCCCUGGACAGUCCCUACAGGUUGCAUCAACAAAUAAAUUAACUUUGCAAAUUAUAAUAAGAUGCUACUCCUAGGUGAUUUGGAGAUGGGCAUAUAUCCCCUUUUUCUUGCUCAGAGCUGAGAGUACAAAAACUGGAAAAUUAUAUCCUUGUGCAAGUACUUAUUCACUUUCUUAAAUAUGAAAAUAGGGCAAAAUGGAGUCUAAUACGUGGCUGCACUUUUAAAAAACCUAGGUUUUUAAAUCUAGCCAAUUGAAAGAUUCUAAUAAUGUAUCUGAAAAUGAUAGAAAGUAUUUUUUUGUAAUCCCAUUGUUCCAAAUCCUUAACCUUAAAUGCUGAUGUUGAUCUUUGUAUAACUUUCACUUUCAUUCCUUCAAGUUUUGUGUAAAAUCAGUACUACAGUCUGGACAGAGUCCUGCAACAUGCUACUGGCACAAUGAUAGUGGGCUUAGCAGAUUCCUUCACACCACUAUGCCCUCCAACAUUUUACAGGUGAAAACUGGGUUACACGUGCCAAGUAACAUCAGAGUAAGGUCAAGAUAACAAAAGGUAUUAAUAGGGAAGAACACAUAAGCUAGACGAGGCUGUAGCAAAUUGCUCUUGCCUGAGGUCUAAAACACAGUGCAGAAAUAAUCCAGUUUGGGACCGCUUUAACUGCCCUGGCUCAAUACUAGAGAAUUUUAGGAACUGUUAAGUUUGUGAGACAUGUAGCCUUCUCUAUCAGAGAGAUCUGGUCCCCCCAUAAACUACAAUUCCCAGGAUUCCCUAGUACUGAGCCAGGUCAGUUAAAGCAGUCUCAAACUGGGUUGUUUCUGCAGUGUGUUUUGGACCUGAGUCUAUUAGAAAAGGCCAGAUUUCACCUUCACCUUUGCUCUUUCCCCUCCUGAGUUAAUGGAGUGCAAGUACUUUUGCACUUUGCAGCAACUGACGUAAGCUGAGGACAAACGGGAAGGUAGGAGGUAGAGGGAGAAACUAGGACAUUUUAAAAGCAGCUGAAAAGUGGCACAAGAGAGGAAUAAAUGUGACUGUCCAUGCCAAACCAGGACAGUUGGAGGGUUCGCAGCACAGAUUCACCAGCAAAAGAGAAAGAAUGUAGUGGCAGAUGAUUUAAUAAGGAACAGAUUCUGUGAGAGAAGAUAUUUUGAGCGUUACUGUUCUUCACGAUUUUCUAGACCUUGGUUGAGCUUUAUGUUUAGCGGUACUUAGUUAUAUUUUAGAAUUAGAAUGCUCAGUGAACACUGAGUACUAAAAUGUAAUAGGUUGUAUUUCUAGUCUUGUGUAUAAGAUAUUUGCACUAAAUUUUAAUCUGGAUUUCCCCCUCCCCCAGAUAUUAUACCAUGUAUUGUAAAUGCAGAAAGCUAUGUGAUUCUUGUUAUUUAGUAUAAAAUGGGAAAGUAAUUAGAGAUAUAUCAAGAAAUAGCCAGAUGAAUUGAUUUUUUAAAUAAAAUAUUUUAAAACUAAAUUCAAUUACAUAUUUUAGCAGUGACUCAUGGUGGUUUCACUGUUUAAGAUAUGCAGUAGUUGUAGUCAAAAGGAAAAUGACAACAGCCUUACUGAAUAGUGCAAUAUUGUUUUUACUCAACAAAGGGCUAACUUAUUGUAGAAAGAGCAUAUAAACCACUGUGAACAAUAUUUUUGCAGCAUAUUUCCAGGUCUACAAAAGCACAACUGGAACUUUUUUGACAAAUGUGUAAAUUACUUUGGCUUAAAUGCAGUUGUUAGUCCCAAUCAGAGUUGCAUCAAUAUAAACUUAAUUAGUCAACACUUCUGUAAAUUCCAUUGUUUCACUGGGUCUACUUGGAACUGACAAUUGGAUUUUGGCCUAUAAAAACAAGCUAAUUGGUUUCUCCCAAGUGAAUUGAGGCUUUCUUGAAAAUAUUUCCCCCUAAUUAAAGGAUGCAAUUUGAAAAUCAUUCAGAGAAUUUUUUAAAAGCCUUUCACCUUCAUUCACUUUCACCACAGGAAAAGGACAUUUAAGUCAGAAAUCUAUUUAGUCAUCUGGUGCUGAAAGAUGUUUGUCCUAUGUGUCAUAAACUGGUCCUUGUCCUAUCCAGGCAUUAGACAAUGGGAAGAUUGCUUAAUAUUGUUUCUACCUGUCUCAAAACACAUAUCAGAGUGAAUCCCAGAAUCCUAGAUAACUAUUAUUGGUGUUUAGUCACUAGGCUGAAUGCAUUGCAGGAAGCCUAUGGAAUGUACUUUUGUUUUCUUGUGUUUUUCAAAGGUAAAACAGCUCUCCAAAUACCCCAAGAUUAACCAAAGAUUAAAGAUUGAAGGAUCUUAUUAUUUGCUAUUUUUCUAAUAUUAUUCUUUUUGGAAUUCAUUUGGAUUGGAGGGAGGUCGGUAUAGAGAUAAAAAGGAAAGCAAUAGACUUAACUGCUUGUGAAUGGUUUGAGUCUGUAUGAUGUCUUGAAUCAACCACAGAAGGGAUACAGUAGCAAACACUUUAGGUUGUCAGACAUAACAUGCUAUAAUGACUUCACUGCCAAGCCAGAUUGCUGAAGUUCCCAACAAGAAUGUCCUGUCUAUGUGUAACCUAUCAAACUGUCUCAUUUUGUUCUGCUGCUAUGCUGAUUUCUUGUUGCGCUUAAGCACUUUCAGUUGAUACAUCCAUAGACUUCAGAUAAGGUGUGAAAUUACAGUGCUUUGUGACCUUGCUGUGUUAUAUAUACUCAUCAGAUAGAAUUUUUCAUAGGUGUAUUUCUGGUGGAGACAGAUGUUAGUGGCCAAUAUGGCUACAUUGCUGCUAUGGAUUUAAAAACCACACAACAAUCCAAAUCAGUACUGUCUCAUUCACUUGAUUAGGGCCCCACACAAAUGCAAAACUGAAGUUAUAGUGUACAGUAGAAGUAAAUUCCUGAUUCUUACUGUCUUCUCACAUGUCUUCAAUCAUGUCAAUAUAUUAAGCUUAUCCCUGUUGUUUAUUUCUAUUCAGUCAAUUAUUCUAUGCUGUGAUUUGACAUAACAUGAGCACCUAAAAGAAAGACAUUGAAUUCUCAUUUCUCUUCUUCUAUUCAAAUCUGUUUGUCCCAACAUACCUAUAUCCUUCAACUGCAUAGAUAUAGUAAAAUUAAUGAACUUUUGUUAUCAACAGUAUCAAGAUGAUACUUUUUGAAAUGACUUUGCUUUUAUAUUUGUGUCAGUUGUAAGAAAAAAAAUCCCCAUUUUGCUUAACUCAGUAAACAUUUGCAAUUUGCAGUAUUUCAUGUUUAAUUGAAUUAACUUCCUAACAGUAGUACAAGCCCAUCUAUUAUUAUUAUUAUUAUUAUUAUUAUUAUUAUUAUUAUUAUUAUUAUUAUUCCUUUACUGAAAUGUACAUAUAUAUAUACAUAAAUAGCACACACACUAACAGAAAAUGGAGCAAAGACAAAAGAAAAUUAUUUCAGUUUCCAUUAUAUUGACCAUUAUUCUUAUCUUCCCAUAGUUUGGAUACUCUUUUCCAAUUUACUUCAUAUUGUUGUAAAGUUCUGUCAUUUUUGGACAUUGAAAUCAUAUCAGAUAUAGCUAGUUCAUGCAGCUUCAAACUCCACUCAUCUGUUCUUGGAAUGAUAUUGGAUUUCCAAUACUUCGCUUAUAACAAUUGGGCAGCUGUAAUCAUGUACUACAAAACACUCACUUCAUCCUGAACCAAAUUAUCGGGUAUUACAUCAGUUAUAUUUAACAAAAAUAAUUCAGGAUUCAAUGGAAUAUUUUUUUAAGUAUGAGUGUUAUGUUUUUUGUGUAUCAGGUUUUUUUGUUUUGUUUUGUUUUGUUUUGCUUUACUACAUUUCCACCAAAGAUGAUACAAAGAGACCCCUUUUUGAUUACACUUCCAACAGUUUGUGUUACAAUGCUUACCUAUUUUGGCAAGCCUAGGUGGCGUCAUAUACCAUCUAAAGAACAGUUUAUAAUAAUUCUCUUUUAAAUUAUUGAUAUGUGGAGAAGUACAAGUCCAUCUUGAGAAAGGGCAACAGGAGCAGAUGAUCAUAUAAUCCCAGGUGCCAUCAAAAUACAUAUAAUGAUAAGGAUUUCCCUGUAUCAAAAGAGUAAACCCAUUUCACUAUUGAUAAUGGGUAGCUUUUGUCAUAACUCUUGUUUUUAGAAAGCAAUAUUUUCCAUCUACUGUAUCUGAGUUUAGCAUUGUAUUUCGGAUCCUAAUGAAUAUUUGGGAUUGUUUAGUUUAUAUAGGCUAGAUUGAUUUUCAUAUAACCAUAUUGUGUCUUGUUUUUUUGCAAUGUAUGUCAUUCUGCCUUUUGCUGAGAAGAGUAAAUUAAUCUAAUAGGUGCAUUAAUGUCAACAAGACAAACUGCACACUAUUAGAAGGGAUCUGCAAAGUCUAAGUUUGUGAGGCUGAGAAUCUAAACUGCAAGCUAUAAAAGUUUUCAUUAUUUUAACCAUAUCGAGAUUUCUCUCUAAACAUUUAACCGCUAGAAAUGGGACACUUAGACCACAACACUAGUCCAUCUAUAGUAAAUCCAUUGAAUCUUGUCAAAUAGUGAGCCAACACUGAGUUAAGUUGCACUGAUUUGAUGGGUUUACUCUAGUUGUGAUAUACAAUAGGGUCCAGGCCAGGAACACAAUGUGAUGUUCUUAAGUUUCAGCAACCUUGGUGACAUGGGCCUUGCCUGGAUAUAAAUUUUGUUAGCUACAAAAACUAUGAUGUAGUGAAAGGAGAUAAUUACUGGAAAAUAUAAGACCAUUGUAAUAGUCCUGUUAGAAUGUGUUUUGAUUGUUGUAAUAGUUUAUGAAACCAGGAACAAAGAUCAGGCCUGUGCUCUCCAUUGGUUUCAGAACAGACAGACAUCCUGACUAGUAUUAAAAAGACUUAUUCAUUGUAUCCAAAAAUAGAAAAUCUACCGUACUUAUUGUCAGUAAACUACCAUGGACAGUAAACCAGGCCAAUCUGUAUUGGGUCCAACUUGGGGUUUUUUGUACAUGGCAAAAUCAUGACCAAGACACCUCCAACAAGACCAUGCAUUUCACCAAAACAAAUACUGUUGUGAAUAUAUUAGUCUAAAAUGGGGGGGGCUACAUUGUUCUUUAUAAGUUAAUAGUCCAAGGCUGUAGUCUAUAAACAAACUUAGUCUGGCAAUUUUUGUAGUGUAACUGGGAAUUUUAACUGCUGAAUGUCAGGGCUAAUUCUAUUUCAUGUACCUCUUUUUUUUCUGCAUCCUAGUCAACUCAUUUUAUGGUUUAUAGAAACUUUGAUUUAAAAACAAACAAGCAAACAUGUUUACAUGGUCCUAGUCUUGACAGUAGAAGUGAGAAGAUACGUUUUAAUAGCAUAUUUGUAUCAGAUUCAUAUUGUUGUAGAACAGUUGUGUGAUACACUCACCCUCUCUGUCAAGAUUGGAUUGUUGCUGAAAACAGACAGCAAAUGCUGAAGAGAUUCAUGGUACAGUAAGCUUUCUGUGUUUGAGGAAAAAAGGCUAAGUUCUAAAGUGUACACAAAACAUAUGUUAUCAGGAAAACCUGAUAGAUGCAAAAGCACUAGUCUGUACUGAGGGCUAAGACCACAGCCUUAGAUACCAAGCUGAUGCAUUGAGUUUGGCUUUGUAGGGAUUAUUUGCAGAAUUCGAUAAAACCCCAGUAUACCUACAGUAAAAAAUAAGGGGGAUUCACAGAAGCUCAGUAUGAAUCCUUUAUAAUUGGUUUGUGGAUUUUCUAUUGUAUUUGAUCUUGAAGAUAGUUCUGAUAUCAAAAGUGCUUAGCUUAUUUCAAAGAGCUAAACCAAGAUGGAAAAGCUAGUCAAUAUUUUCCAGUUACUGCUGAUGCAGUUAUUUCAAACCAACUUCUGCAAACAUAUAUGUUUUCUCCCAGAAUAGUUUUUGGAUGUUAGUGAACAAAUGCAAGUAUCUAUAACUGUAAAUCAUACAUUUCCAUUUAAAAAUAUAUUUUAUAUUGACUGGUUAUCUUCCUAAGUAUCUACAAUUGUUAAAUACUGCCCAUAUUUAAUUGUCCAAAUUUACAUUCCUAGCAUGAUAGAAGUCAUCUAAAUUUCAAAAGAAAACAUGAGAUAAUUUUCAGCAUAGUGCAAUUAUGUACAACAGACACAAUCUGAAUUAAAUAAUGUGAUUUAAAUCCCAUUGUUUUUGCUAUGGAGCACUUAUUUGGCCAGGGGAACAACCAUCACAUCCAUUGCUCUGCCACCAAGCAGUAGCCAGGCCAAAAGGAUGAAGGGUAGCUUCUACUUUUUUCCUCCUUUUGACUAUGGUGGACUAUAGUGGCAGGGAAGGAAGGAAUAUUAUUGGCCCUAGAAUGACACAGCAUUGGCUGUUUUUGUAGGUAUCAGGGGAAACAUAAUGGCUUUGGACCUGGUAAAUCUAUGGCUGCCUCUCAACAUUCCUUGGCCAAGUUCCUAUUGGUGAUGUAUGAUCAUGUAAUCUGAGGUUUUGCAAAUGUAUGACCUUUGGGGGGGAUGUUGCAAAAGAAGGUAUUCAAUAAUUCCUUGUGCAACAUUCCCUUUGCUACCCGAUUGCAGCUUCAAGGGGUGGAACAUGCUCCUCUGGCCAGGAGAGGGCAGAAGAUACCCAGGGAGUAUCUGGCAUUGCCCUCCUAUUUCUCUAGUAAGCUCCCCUUGUAGCAGUCUUUUAGCAGGAGGCAGAAGGAGCUACACACAGCUGUGUAGGUAGAGCAUUACACCACACCUGUGCAAUGUAGGAUUGUGUGCCUAGUUUAUCCUUGCAUGGCAAAAAACCUAAACCAGGAACACUUUUCAGCCAUAUCCUGAAGGACUUCUGGUGGAGUGUCAUUUCAGCAGUGGGUCUCAUUCUUCACCAGCAGAGAAGCAAUUGCACUCCUCUAUGAGGCCCACCCGCAAACUAGUUUGGGUACAGAAUUGCUCCCUUAAAUGUGCACUUAAAUCACUAACAUAAAAGAAUCAGUUGGACUUAAGAACACUUACUUUUGGCUGGAUUGUGAUAUACUGAACCGACAUGUGAUAGGACAACUGAAUGGCUGUCCAAACUAUGGCAGAAUAAUACAUCAUGCUUUAUAAGGGACAGUAUAUGUUCAUUCCAAUGCAAGGUUGAUCAAAAACGAACUUGGGUUCAGCCACAGGUUGAUUCAAUCUUUGUCAAAUGCCACAAACUGUUUUUUCAUUUCAAAAGUAUUAGGUCCAGAGGUGUGCAAGAUGCUAGUGUGCUAUCAAACUUAUUGAUACCACCAUUUUCAGUGGCAUUAACAUUUUAUUGAAAUGUUUAAAAGUCCUGCCACAAAACUCUGAUAUGUUUAUCCAAUAUUUUAUGUGUGAAAAUCAAUAUAUUUUGAAGAGGGAGGGAAACAUCAGUGUAAGUCCAGUACAGGAAGAAGUUCUCUCCAGAGAUAGCUACAUUAAACCAUGUCAUUGAAGGACUGGUUCUUAGAAUGUUUACAAAUACAAGUCUGUGUCCAAUAUUGCACUAACAGAUGCCCCACUAGCAUGAUGGAACUUCCUUCUCCUCAAUACAGCUGCCCUCCGUGCUGUUUGAAAAUCAGCCCCAGAGGUUUCUGCAGCUACUAGAGGUAGUUUUGGAGGAUUCACUGUAGAGUGAGAAGGAGAUUUCUUCCAUACAAUUCCACUAACAAGAGCAGUCCUGGCCAAACCAGCAUCGCAGCAACACUAGAGGGCUACUUCAUAAUUCUAUAUUUCAUCCAUGAGUUCUAGGGUAGUGAUUUCUAGGUUGGCCUCAGAUUAGAUUCAAGCCUACCUCGAAGCAGGGAUUGGAAGUCAGUUCAUUAGAAUUAAGUAAGAAUUUGUCUAGGAAAUAACUGUAGCCUACCUCGGUUUGACACAAGGGCAGAAGCUAAGUACCCUAGGUGAAUGCUGCAAAAAAUACCAACAUGUUUCAAAGCCUGUAAGACUGUGUCAUGUGUCUGGGGUUUUGCUUUCAUUGGAAUCAGUGGAACUCCUUCCAAAGAAUGCAUUGAGAGUGGGUCAUCCUUGUCUUUAAGGAGGGUUUCUUUUAUUGUCUGUUUAUUAAUGGCAAGUUUCACUUUAUAAAUAUUUGAAAGAGCUUCCAAUUUUGGCACUAAUGGAAAUACUGGAUACUUUUAAUAUAUAUUUAGAUGGUUAUUUGAAAAGAAAUGUGCUGUCUUUUUAUAUAAUUUUUAACCAAAUGCAAAUAUUCUGAUUUCUACUUCUGUGAAUUCCUGUCAGACUGUAAAUUGAAAAAUAAAACUAGUUCAGGUUUCAAAACCCUGGGUGGGCGGGGAUUAUUUGAAGUGCUUCACUAGCUUUGGUAUAUUGUGUGUUUGUGUGUAUAUAUUAUGUAUAUUAAAAGUUACAAAUAUAUAUAUAAAUAGUCCAUGUGGUUAAAUGUCUAGUGUUUUUAACACCGUUCUCAACGGAAAUGUGUUUUGUAUUACUUUAUUAAUUAAUUACAAAGCCUUUGUGUGAUGAUUAAAGUGUUUUCUAAAUAUUUUACACCAGAAACUCAUAGCUCUAAUCCUAUGGGGACCACAAGAUUGGUUUCAGCAGAAUUUGAGGUUUUAACUGGUCCUAAUGGAUGGCAACAGGUAAAAUGCACUUUCUUGUGGCAUGCAAUGUAAUUGCUUUCAAAAAAGACCAGAAUGUGUUUACAUCUUUUCUUGUGUUCCCCUUCCCUCUUCUUGAUAGUUGCAAAUAUGAAACUUUUUUUCCCUCUUUAUGGGUGAGGGGGAAAGCAAACAAAUUCUUAAUAGGUUACUAGAAUAAGAUUAAUCCAGAGUGGGUCAUUAGGAGUAGAUUAGUCCAUUUUGUAAAAAUCCAUUGAAGUGAUAAGGGGCCACUAUUUUGUGAUGCUUUAAUGUGACAACUAUGCUGUUACUUAUCUAGUCUUAAUAUCAUUGGUUAUCUGUAUUCUACUCUUAAUGGCUAUUCCAUUAGUUGCACUUGCUUGAGCUUAGUCAAAAGACCACCUUGUAAAACUAUUCAGACUGUUAUGUCCACAAAUGCACUGACAGCGAUUUGCUGCCAUGGAGUGUGUUGAACUAUUUCGUGUAAUAAAAGCCUUUGUGUAUAA